UUACCCUCAAACAUCAAUAGUAAACGCUGGACUGGUCAUUUCCAGAAUGGUCCUCUCAAUUGAACGUUUCGUGGGAAAAGUAGCUGUAGUAACAGGUGCUAGUGCUGGAAUCGGUGCUGCUAUCGCCACCCAACUUGUGGAAAAUGGCCUAAUUGUUAUUGGAAUCGCACGUCGUAUCGAACUCAUCGAGCAAAAAGUUGCAGAGCUUUGCGAGCACAAAGGCAAACUCUACGCUUACAAGGCCGAUCUGAGCAAGGAGGAGGAAAUUGUGGAGGCGUUCAAAUGGAUUGAGGAAAAUGUAGGUCCUGUCCAUAUCCUGGUGAACAACGCUGGCUCCUCGAAAGACACCACCUUAUACGAUGGAGACACAAACGCCUGGAGAAGUGUCCUGGACUUGAACAUCCUGACUCUUUGUAUCGCCACCAGAGAGGCGAUCAAAAGCAUGAGAAAUAACGACAUCAACGGCCACAUUAUUCACAUCAACAGCAUUUUCGGGCACAGAGUCCCAACUCUAGUCGGUUUAAACAUUUAUUCAGCUUCGAAAUUUGCAGUUACGGCCUUAACCGAGACUUUGAGACAAGAAUUAAACUCGAUUGGGUCCAAAAUCAAAGUUACGAGUGUUAGUCCCGGAUUGGUCCAAAGCGAGCUCACUACCCAAAAUCCGGACCCGGAUAAAAGGGCCUAUUACGAGUCGGCUCCCAUUUUGCGUCCGGAGGAUAUAGCAGAUGGGGUUGUUUACGCACUGUCAACACCGGAGGAUGUCCAGGUUCACGAGUUGACUAUUAAGCCUAUGGGAGAAGUGAACUGAACAGUUUGGUUUCACAUAGUUUGGCAUAGAAUAUUUAUUGUAGAAUGUGUGGUAAAAAGCAAUUACAGAUU